AUUAUAAAACGUAAUAUUAUUGAGCAUUCGAAUUCGACACUGUUAUUUUUAUAAUUACCCUCUGCUAUAAGUGAAAUAAUGUCCAUCGUACAUCGUUUCAGCUUUCAACGCUUCUCGUCACAUCCAAAAUGCGAGUGUGUUGCCUCCGGGUAUUCGUUGACGAUGAACUGUGGGACUGCGUGCUGAUAGUGAAACUCAACCGGCAAUAUGUGCUGUACACAACCGUUGACCAGCUUCCGUUUAGCGUGUCGGCCGAACUGUGUUCUCUAGGCCUUAAUGGCGCCAGGGACCCCAUGCCCACGGUAAUGGAUGCCAAUUGUCUGGAGUGCRUCAUCAAGGCGCUGGAGAACAGCUAUACACUCAAGCGGUCGAUUGUGAGGCGGAUGAGUAGUGUCGCAUCAGUGGACAAUAACAAUAUUGUGGUCGGCUUCAACGAUGUUCGGCUGGUGACACCAGACAAAUAUAGACUGCCUUACACAUGGUGUGAACUGUAUGAAAAAACUGAUACUGAAUACAGAGAGCUUGAAAACAUUAUGGCUUGGUUAUCAACUCUCGGUGGAGCUUUUUCAUCAUUGGGUGAUCAGAMUGAACACUGUGCAAUUGUAGCAGGGAAUAUUUCGCUGCAACAAUUAAGAAUUGCAAUGCGGAUUGGUGAUCCUUUAACUGCAGCCCGGUGUAAACUGUAUGCUGCUAUUAGUCUCAUGCAACGAGGUUUUUAUAAACAAGCUAAAUUCAUUGUUCAGARUCAAUAUUUGUUUAUCAAAUCUCAAUUAGUUGUUGAUGAGCGACUCAUUAAAAUGUGUUGUGGUAUAUGGACAAAGUUACGUUAUGAAUGGAAUAAAAAAAGUCUUAAAAAAAAACAAUUCUGUGAAAAAAAUUAAAUUUUUACAUUAAUUAUAAAUUACAAUUGAA